AUGCCACUAGUAUAUCCCAUUAUUAUCCGACAUGGUUUUCGUCGUCUUGUCGAACGAUGUUAUUCAAUUGAUUUUCGUCAAUCUUUAACUACACUAUGUUUAUUUUUUCUUCUCUCACUUUUUACUUCUAUUAUUAUCAAUGUUCUAUUACCGAUUUUACUAAUUAAAAUUUCUCCAACAACACUUCAAUCAACAUCAUCAUCGCUUAGUUUAUUUACAUCAAGUCACAUUUUCUUUCCAGCAGGUGUAACAUCUUUACAAUGUACAUCACAAAAAACUCAUGAAUUACAAGCACAUAAUCCUCAACAAGAAUCAUUUAAUAAAGAACGAAAAUAUACCAAAGAUCAAGCAAAACAAAAAAAUGUUUCUAGUGAUCUUCGACAAGAAGCAGAAACGGCACUUCAUUUAGCAUUACGUUUAAUUACUGAAAAUAAAUUUGAAAAAGCAAGAAAAGUUUUUGACCAUGCAUUAACACUUGAUCCUUAUAAUUCUGAAAUACUUGUUGAAUAUGGACAAUUUCUUGAAUAUCAUCAUAAAGAUUUAAUACAUGCUGAUAGUUUAUAUACACGUGCACUUGUUAAACAACCAACAAAUCCUCGUGCAUUAGAAUUAAAAAAACGUACAUUACCAUUAGUUGAAGAAAUUGAUCAAAAACAUUUUACUUUAGUUGAUAAUCUUCUUCAAGAACUCUAUCGUAUUCCGGAUACAAAUCCGUAUUUACGACGAGCUAAACGUGAUGCUUAUUAUUUACAUAUUUAUCAUUCAAAUGCAAUUGAAGGUAAUACAUUAAAUCUUCGUGAAACUCGACAUAUUGUUGAAACACGAAUGGCUAUUGGUGGAAAAUCUCUUAUUGAACAACAAGAAGUUCUCGGUCUUGAUUUAGCUUUACAAUAUGUUAAUUGUACAUUAGUUAAUCGUCUUGGUUCAAUAAAACUUGAAGAUAUAUUUGAAAUACAUCGUCGAGUUUUAGGUUUUGUUGAUCCAGUACAAGCCGGUCAAUUACGUCAACACCAAGUUUAUGUUGGAUCAUUUAUUCCGCCAGCAGCUCAUGAAGUUGCAGCAUAUCUUGAUGAUUUUCUUAUUUGGCUUAAUUCAUUAGAAGAUACUCGAGAUCUUCAUGCUAUUGAAUUAGCUGCUCUUGCACAUUAUAAAUUUGUUUAUAUUCAUCCAUUUAUUGAUGGUAAUGGUCGAACAGGACGUUUAUUAAUGAAUUUAAUUUUAAUGAGAUCUGGUUUUCCACCAGUUAUUAUAAAGAAAUCUGAACGUUUAAUUUAUUAUUCACAUUUAGAUCAAGCAAAUGAUGGUGAUGUUCGACCAUUAAUACGUUUUAUUGCGAAAUGUACGGAAAGAACUUUAUCGGAAUUUAUUCAUCAAUCACAACCAACAAGAAGUACUGGGCAAGAAUUAAGUUUAACUGAUGAUGAUGAUAAUGAUGAUGAACGAAAUAUUGAUGAUGAUGAUGAUGGAAUGAGUUUAAUUGACGAACGUGUUAUUAUGGUAGAAUGA